AUGCCGGACUUUUUUGUCAUCGCACGCGUUGUGGGUUCGGACGGUGCCUAUCCCAAGUGGAAGGACAGGCUUGUGGCGCUAUGCACUGUCUCUAAAACCGAGCCCCAUUCCACUACAUAUUACUGGGGCCAAGAUGUCGAUAAUGAGCCAGACACGAUCUGGGGAUUGGAGGGCUACACCCACGCCGUUGGCUUCUUCCUUGGACAUCCCGCCUCCGAUGUUUUCAAGAGCGAGAUGCAGAAAGUUGACAACGACAGACUCCUGAGGCAUGUGCAAGGCCUUGGGAGCCCUGAUUAUGACCUCAAGUAUUAUGACUAUCACGCGGGCUUUCUGAAGCGCCCAGACGACCCAGACAGAGAUGCUACGGAUAGUUUUGUAGUCAUCAUCCACCUUUCAAGUGGACUCGGUCGUCGAAAACAGGUUCUAGGGCUUCUCGCCGAUUCUGCUGAUGCAGUUCGGUCGGAAAAAAGCAUGUCGGUGCAGAGCUUUGCAGUCCUGAAAGAGGUGAUGCAAGAGAAUUUGUGCAGCGUGUACAUUCGCUCAUGGGAAAGCCUUCAAGCGACCCCGACAUAUCAGCACCUCAUUGCAGAGUUAGAACGGAACGAGGUCACUGUUGAGGUACAUCGAUCGCAGGCCUUCAAUGGUCACAUUGACCAGGAGCCGCCCAGAGAACGGCCGUAA